GCUACUACAGACUCUUGAGAAAUACGUUGAUCAGUAAACGUACAUCCGUUCGUUCUUCCACGGAGUAACGGAUCGGAGUAAACCUCGCCGUUGACUUACUACUCGGCACUUGCAUCGGAGCUAGAAUUGAACGAACGAGUCUGAAGUUCCGACUCGCGUUCACUAUCGUUUUCUAUAUCGUAGGAUUAUCAAAAAAAAAUAUAUUCGAAAAGAAAUCAUCGAUACACGUGACACGUGUAUCACAAGGACAACAAUCCUUUCUGUAUUUAAAAAAAGAAGAAAGAUAAAUAUCUCCAGCAGACAGUCUUGAGUUUAUCAAACAGGUUAGUUAGACGUAGACAGUAGAACGAAGCGGUUCCGAAACACCUCUUACGGGAUUCUCAGUUCGCAUACUUUCGAUUUCAUCGACAACAAGAUGGCGAGCGUCGAUAAUGAUUUGGAGGAACUCAUGGGGCACCUAGGAGAAUUUGGGAAAUAUCAAUUCUGGCAAUUUUCUUUACACAUCGUUGGAGCAUUAACUGCGGGAUUGCAUAUGAUAACAUUAUUGACUGUUGCCGCAGUGCCUGCUUACAAAUGUGUUGUACCAGUAAUCAAAUCAACUCUGAUUGACACGUUCGAUGAAUCAUUAGUAGAAGGUAACGUAACCAGCAUGAUCAUGGAACCAAAAGCAUUGACCACUUGUAAUUACUUGGACGAAUUUAACGUAACAAAACAAUGUGAAUCGUGGACAUAUGACACGGAAUAUUUCAAAUCAUCACGUGGUAUGGAAUGGAAUUUCGUAUGUUCGCGUAGGUGGAUGGGAGCCGUUGCUCAAUCGGCAUAUAUGUUCGGCGUGUUCGUCGGAGCUGUGACCUUGGGCAGUCUAGCCGAUAAAUACGGAAGAAAGAUUAUUUUUUACAUUUCUGCGGUAUUGCAAUUGAUGCUCGGUACCAUAGUUGCAUUCGUCAACGAGUAUUACACAUUCCUCGCAGUUAGAUUUUUCUAUGGUGUCUUUGGCUCAGCUGGGUCUUACAUAACUGGAUUCGUAUUGACAAUGGAACUUGUGGGCGCAUCUAAGAGGACCAUGUGCGGUAUAAUGUUCCAAUUAGCUUUCGCAACCGGUUUUAUGUUGGUCGCUGCUUGGGGUGCUUUAAUCAAGGAUCGGACAUGGCUGCAAAUCAUUUACGGACUCCACAGUGCAUUAAUGUUAGGACACUGGUGGCUCAUGGAUGAAUCCCCCAGAUGGUUAUGGGCUCAAGGCCGAACCAAAGAGGCAGUGGAGAUCGUUAAGAAGGCCCUAAAGAUGAAUGGAAAUAACGUCAACUUAAAUGGCGGAAAAUUACUCGUGAGAUCGCAGAUAAAACAAAGAUCCGAGGAUGAUCAAGUACAUAGCGGAGUUGACUUAUUGAAAACUCCUAAUCUUCGUAAAAAGACCUUGAACGUAUGUCUCAAUUGGUUCGCCAAUUCGAUCGUUUAUUACGGAUUAUCUUUAAAUUCUGGAAAUCUCGUUGGAAAUCCUUACUUGAUGUUAUUUUUGAGUGGUCUCGUCGAAAUACCAUCAUAUAUAUUUUUGAUAUUCGUGAUGGAUCGUACUGGUAGAAGGUGUCUCGUCAGCACGUUUAUGUUGAUCGGUGGCCUCUGCUGCAUAUGUGCAGCAUUUAUCUCCAAGGAUAACGAUAUUGGAGCAACGGCAACGGUCAUUAUAGUAUUAUUCGGUAAAGCAUGUAUUGCGGCAUCCUUCGCAGUAAUCUACAAUUACACAGCCGAAUUAUUUCCCACGGUGUUGAGGAACACGGCCCUUGGUAUUGGAUCAAUGUGCGCUCGUCUCAGUGGUGCCCUAACACCGUUGAUCAUGCUCUUAGACUUUCUUGACCCAAAGGUACCAGCCACCUUGUUCGGUAUAGUAGCCUUGGCUUCUGGCUUCCUGUCACUUUACCUACCAGAAACUGUAAAUCAACCUAUGCCGGAAACUAUCGAGGACGGCGAGAACUUCGGUAAACACGACACGUGUUUUACCACUUGCUUUGGAAAAAGAACUCACCAAUCUGUCGACACUAACGACGUUAUUCUCGAUCAAGUUAAUAAUAAGGAAGAAAAGGAUAAAUUGAAUGAAACUUAACGUUUCCUUUCAUAGUAUACUUGCAGAUUUAUUUUUUUUAAAUCAUCCUCUCUUUCUCUCAUAUUUUAUUCUUUUAACAAAAAAUAAUUUUUUAACCUAAGACAACGUACUCAUCCAUAUUUUAUACGGAAAUAAUUUCUCUCAACUCACGAACGUAUAUAAUACUUAUUUUUUCUCAUUCGUUUUAAAGUCAUUUUGAUUUUAUGUUACAUCGUUCGACAAUGCAUACGCGGUACAGGUAAAUAAACGCCUAUUGACGAGUCGCUGCGAUCAUUAUAAGAUAAGUAAUAAAAAUAACUAUAGUGCCUUUUAUCUAGCAGUAAUCCAAACUGGUUUUUAUAUAUAUAUAUAUAUAUAUGUAUGAUUACGAACACAUAGCGAUCGUUUAUUUUCCUCUUAUAUGUGAACACAAUAAAUAUAAUUAUCUAAUUGCAAGUUAUAUGUCCGUAGUGGUUAUGCGACUUGCAAAGGACCGAUUUAAUCCGCUAUUGUUUAUGUUUUUAUAUAAUUGAUUUUUAAAGGAAAAUUCUAAUGACACUUAGGAAUCUAUAAAUAUAUUUAUAUAU